UUCUCUAUUCUCACACUCUCUCUUCCUGAUCUCACGCAUUGGUCUCGAUGUAUUAAGCAAAACAUAUAUACACACACACAUAUCUAUAUAUAUAAACCUAGAUCAAAUUUCGAGUGGGCUGGCUAUACACAUUUAUGAAAUUAAAGGCAAACUCCUAACGAUUGAGGAAGGAGCAAGGUAGUCCAAAGUUGAAAAUGUUGGCGAAAAGGUUCGCUUCUAUAUUCAAGCGCUCUUCUACUCCACAUGCUUCCAGCAAUUCGAUAAAGCCAACGGAGAAUGAGGUGAAUAAAUCCUGGGGUCGGAAAGCCGUCUCCUUUGUGCUUAUUACUGUUACUGGUGGUGUAGCUUUGAGUGCUUUAGAUGACCUUGCCAUUUAUCAUAGCUGUAGCAGCAAAGCUAUAGAGAAAGUCAGAAACAAUCAAGCAGUCAUAGAUGCUAUUGGUGAACCCAUUGAUAAAGGUCCAUGGUACAAUGCAUCACUUGCAGUAGCUCACAAGAGACACUCUCUAUCCUGCACAUUUCCAGUAUCAGGACCACAAGGCACAGGGAUCCUCCAACUGAAGGCAGUUCGUAAUGGAGAGGAUUCCUGGAUUUCUUUUCUCCGGCCUCGGGACUGGGACAUUCUGAUGAUGGAUGCUCUCCUUUAUGUUCCUGAAAACGAAGGUAAGCAGAAAACUUUGCGUAUUAAUCUCAGCGAGAAGUUUGCUCCUGCUGCUUGUGUCUCAUGCACCGACUGUCAGCCUCCAGAGACAGAGAAGAGAUGAAGUUAGCUUUUUAUGGAUAUUAUGAAACUAUUGUCAUAAUAUCCUUUAUGAAGUUGCUUUCUAUUAGUUUUCUGUCCCGACAUGAUUUUGAGCUAACCGAAGGGUCGAAGUAUUCGUUAUCCCCACCAAAAUAAUAAUUUUCUUUGAGGUUGAGUUCAAACCGCGGUAGAAGAUUUGUUAUUAUACAACCUUGCUGACAUUAAAUGUGGCAAAGUUAUUAUGGUUAUACCGUAAAAUCCAAUUUGUAAAAGAAAAACAGUAACUAUUUAUCUGAUUUUUUUGUUCUUAUU